AUGGAUAAUCGAAGUAAACUCGAGUAUAUUCCUGGUCGUGAUCUUCCAUGUUACCUUCUUGAUCGAUUGAACGAUACAUUUAGCAUGAGCAAUGAUGGUGCAUCUAGAAUUUUCAUUGAAACUGAUUCUUGUUCAACAAUCGAGAAGAACACGAAUACUUCGGAUGCUUAUAAUACUCUUUCGAAUUCUUCGUUAUUUAAUUUAUCUACUGCUGAUACCAUGUCUGAUAUGUUAGAAGUCUCUAAUCAAAACUCACUUCAAUGUCAAUCAAACAUCAAUAUGUCAUCAAUUGGAAGUGAAUUCUACGAGUCAACAAUUACUCAAGGUGAUAUUGCGCGGAGUUCAAGCAACAUAUCUUUAAUCAAUACUAUUGAACAACAAGCUGCAGAAGUUACCGUUUUAACAAAUAUAUCUUUAAUGGAUACCUCAUGUAAUAUUUCAGUAUGUCUCACUAAAGAUGAAAGUCAAGAUGAACAUAUUGUAUUCGAUGAGUAUCUACAUUCAAAUAAUUCCGCUGAUUCUGCAAACAUGUUUCCAGAGUACAUUAGACUGUUUUCUGAUCAUGAAGAUGGGUCUGAAAACGAAAAAAGCGUCAAAGAAUUAUCUGCCAGUCUGUUUCAUUGGGACAUGCAAUAUGUUUAG